UACUCCACCACAACCGCUCCCGAACACCACCACCACCAUCACCUCUUCCCUCCUCUCUAUCCUCUCCGCCCAUUUCACUGUCCUCUCCAUCACAGUCCAUCCACGAUCCACACCUGAACGAUCAUAGAAGGAUAGCAAGUAGCUUCCCUGAGCCGCUACCAAUUUGCUGCAUACUCCGCUAAACCCAAAAACACUCCCUACGCGCAUAUCCACCACCGGGCGCUUUUCCGAACACCACCACAAUGGCUGCCAACCCGCAUAUGGAGCUCGAUCCUAAAUACGAUCACUACACUUACCCGACCACUGCUCCCGAGUCUCGAACUGGUCAUCCCGGCCACACCACCAAGGAGCAAGAUGCCCUCGUCUUUCAACUACGGAUGAUGCUAGAGGCCGCUGGGUACUCGAAGCGGUUGGACACCUUGACUCUGCUGCGUUUCCUGCGCGCUCGAAAGUUUGUGGCAGAGGAUGCGAAGAAGAUGUUCGUCGAUUGCGAGAAAUGGCGUGAAGAGUUUGGCGGCGGCGUCGAUGAGCUUGUCAAGACCUUCGACUACACCGAGAAAGCCCAGAUCUUCGCCUACUACCCUCAAUACUACCACAAGACCGACAAGGACGGUCGGCCACUCUACAUUGAACAGCUGGGCAAGAUUGACUUGGAUAAGAUGCGCACCAUCACCACGGACGACCGCAUGCUGCAGAACCUCGUGGUCGAAUACGAGAAACUCGCCGAGCCACGUCUGCCCGCAUGCUCGCGCAAAGCCGGCGCUCUCCUCGAGACCUGCUGCACAAUCAUGGACCUCAAGGGAGUGGGUGUCAGCAAGGUCAGCCAGGUGUACGGCUACGUCGGCAAGGCGGCGGGCAUCAGCCAGAACCACUACCCCGAACGUCUCGGCAAGCUCUACCUGAUCAACGCUCCAUGGGGUUUCAGCGGUGUUUUUGCCGCCAUCAAGCGGUUCUUGGACCCGGUCACUGUCGCCAAGAUCCACGUCCUGGGCUCCAACUACCACAAGGAAUUGCUCGCGCAGGUACCGGCGGAGAAUCUGCCUUCGGAAUUUGGCGGUACCUGCCGCUGUCAGGGUGGAUGUGCUUUGAGCGAUGCUGGUCCAUGUAAGGCAAGAGGAGCAAUGGUUGACUCCCGCCGGCGGUGACGCCAAAAACAGCAUCCCCGACACCGGAGCUCCUGCUGCUCCCGGUGCUGCUGCUCCAACUUCUGACCCUGCGACAGCGUCUGCAGAGAAGCCUCUCAGCGGUGCACCGGCACCUGCGUAGAGUAUCGUCGAACGCGACCGAAUUUAUAUGGCGCGGAAUUUGCAAGGUACCAACGGAUAAUGUUUUUCUACAUAAUGCAUUUGGAACGGCGCAAGCGGUGACGAGAGUGGACAUGUGGUUCUCGCCCCUGGCGAUGGACUGCCUAAGUAAGGAGAGCUGUGCCAGAAGAACACAAUUGUUCGAGAAGUACAUUUUACACACGUGAUCAAGUCAUUGUCCUUUUCUCGCCCUUGGUAUGCGCGCACAACAGUAAUCACUCGGAGGAUCCCAGGACUACUUGAGAUACGGGAGGCUCGAGACUUUUGGAGAUACAGAAACAUGAGCAGAAAGUUGUUCUAAUUCUGCGUGUCCUACGAGAGAACC